AUGAGGACCAGUACAUCUAAGCGUGAGGCCAUGGUUCUCACCCAGAAAAAGGACGGAACGCUCACUCCAGCUAUAGGAGGAGUUGCUGCUCCUAGUAGAGGAGGUUACGCUCCAGUCACGGGAAUGUGUCACCCUGUGAGGAGCUGCACCCUCAACCAUGAAGAUGGCUUCUCUUCUGCCUUCGUUGUGGCUCAUGAGACCGGACACGUGUUGGGCAUGGAACAUGACGGCCAAGGCAACCGCUGCGGGGAUGAGACAGCGAUGGGAAGCGUGAUGGCUCCCCUGGUGCAGGCGGCCUUCCAUCGAUACCACUGGUCCAUGUGCAGCGGACAGGAGCUGAAGCGAUACAUCAACACAUAUGACUGCCUCUUGGACGACCCCUUCAAGCACGACUGGCCUCAACUUCCUGAACUUCCUGGCAUCAACUACUCCAUGGACGAGCAGUGUCGAUUCGACUUUGGAGUGGGCUAUAAGAUCUGCACUUCAUUUCGUACAUUUGACCCUUGCAAACAAUUGUGGUGCAGUCACCCGGACAACCCUUACUUCUGCAAAACCAAGAAGGGGCCACCUCUCGAUGGGACGGAGUGUGCUCCCGGAAAAUGGUGCUACAAAGGUCACUGCAUGUGGAAAAUCCCAAAUCAGGUCAAGCAAGAUGGGGCCUGGGGAUCCUGGAGCAAAUAUGGCUCCUGUUCGCGCUCCUGUGGAACUGGAGUUCGAUUCCGGACACGUCUUUGCAAUAACCCAGCGCCAUCCAACGGUGGUCAGGACUGCCCUGGGGUAAAUUAUGAGUACCAGUUGUGCAACACUGAUGACUGUCCCAAGCACUUUGAAGAUUUUCGAGCACAGCAGUGCCAGCUCCGCAAUUCCCACUUUGAGUUCCAAAAUGCCAAACACCACUGGCUACCCUACGAGCAUCCUGACACCAACAAGAGGUGUCACUUGUACUGUCAGUCAAAGGAAACGGCAGACGUGGCGUACAUGAAGCAGCUGGUGCAUGAUGGGACGCGGUGCUCCUAUAAAGAUGCUUAUAGCAUCUGCGUGCGUGGAGAAUGUGUGAAAGUUGGCUGUGACAGAGAAAUUGGCUCAAGCAAAGUCGAGGACAAAUGUGGCGUUUGUGGUGGGGAUAACUCCCACUGCCGCACCAUCAAAGGAACCUUCACUAGAACUCCAAAGAAACCUGGGAAACAGUUAAGCAAGAGAGCCCAAAAAGAAACCUCAUUGUUGGAAAACACACUAUGGAAGACCAGAGGAGUUUUCUCCUUACCCAAAGGAGCACGGAAUGUAAUUUUGAAUGAAACAGAAGACUCUAGAAAUGUACUUGGCUACCUUAAGAUGUUUCUUAUUCCUCCUGGAGCUAGACAUGUGAUCAUACAAGAACAUGAGGCCUCCCCUCAAAUUCUUGCAAUCAAGAACCAGGCAACGGGGCAUUAUGUUCUCAACGGAAAAGGGGAGGAGGUCAAAUCCAGGAGCUUCAUUGACCUGGGAGUGGAGUGGCACUACAUCAUAGAAGACAAUGUGGAGACCCUGCACACUGAUGGACCUCUGCAUGACCCUGUGGUGGUUCUGAUAAUACCCAAGGACAAUGAGACACGGUCUACUUUAAUGUACAAGUACAUCAUCCAUGAAGACUCUGUGCCUGUCAACACCAACAACGUCAUCCAGGAGGAAACGUAUGAGUGGGCUCUGAAGAGCUGGUCCCCAUGUUCCAAACCUUGUGCUGGAGGGUUCCAGUAUACCAAAUAUGGGUGUCGAAAGAAAGGAGACACCAAGAUGGUCCAUCGAGGAUACUGUGACGCCAGUAAGAAGCCGAAACCCAUCCGUAGAAUGUGUAACCUCCAGGACUGCACGCAGCCUCAAUGGAUCUCAGAUGAGUGGGAGCAUUGUUCUAAAACCUGCAGCAGCCUGGGCUUUCAGAUCCGGACCGUUCGUUGCAUGCAGCUGCUGCAUGAUGGCACCAACCGCUCUGUCCACAGCAAAUACUGCAGCAGCGAGAAGCCAGAGAGCCGGCGACCCUGUAACAGAGUCCCAUGUCCUGCUCAAUGGAGGACCGGAGCCUGGUCAGAGUGCUCCGUGACCUGUGGCGAGGGGAUGGAGAGGCGUCUGGUGACUUGCCGAAUUGGAGAUCAGUGUAGCGGUGAAAAACCAGAGGCUGUGAGACCAUGCAGACCUGGACCCUGUCAUGAUGAACCGUGCAGUGGUGACAAAUCCAUCUUCUGCCAAAUGGAGGUCCUAGCAAGGUACUGCUCCAUUCCAGGCUACAACAAACUGUGUUGCGACUCUUGCAGCAAACGCAGCGGAGCUUUGUCUUUGUUCUCGGAGGCGGCUGAGACAGAGGAGCAUGUCCGCUUCGGUUCAGCCUCCCAGCUGCUCGAGACAUUAACGGCUUCUGUCGCGGCGAACACCACUCGCAGUGGAAAACAAGGUUCUGGCAAAGGAUCCACGGCAUCCGGCAACGCUGUGAAACACAUAACGACCCCUGCUCCACUUAAGAAAGACCACUCAAAGGUCACUACAAAACCAAGACGAGUUCCACGACAUGUGGUUCUCCCUGGCAGGAAGCUGCCCGCUAUGGCCCCAUUUCCCCCGGCAGAUCCUACCGAGGGUCAAAGGUGGAGCAGCUUGACAGAUAAUCGGUGGCCCACAGCACAUUCUGAAGUGGAGAGAUGAAGGUGACGUCCUUCCCUUCAGGACUCUUUGUGUACAGUAGAUAACCCAGCUUCAUCCUGAGUCCUCUCAUGCCGAAAAAAACACCUGAAAGAGAGAAACAGAGAGUGAGAAAGAAAAGUGCUGGUUCACUUUGUUAAGAAUUCCCCUGUUCCCCCCUCACACUGACUUUAAAUAUCACUUCAGAAGCGUCUUAUACUGUUUGAACUACAACAGCUCAUGUUACUUUGCCAGAGUACUCGAUAUACUAUAUUUAAGCAAAGAAAAAUCAAUACAGUCAUUUUAAGGUUAAGGGCUUUACGGUCUGGAGGGAAUUGUCAUCCAUGUCGAAUAAAAAGCUGAAGGAGACGCAGCUUUGGUAGUUUAUAGUGAAUCAUGUCAACAAUACAAAAUAGCCAAAGGUCAGUUGUUGUUUUCUUUCUUUUGGCCUCUCUCUCGAGGGUCGCCACAGCAGAUCAUCUGCUUUUUCAGUGAUCCGCAUAUCUGGUCUGGCAGAGAUUUCUAACGCCGGAUGCCCCACAGGGGGCCACAUUGGAUGUGGCCCCCUGUGGCUGAGUCUCCAAUUAACCCGAUCAAUGGGGAGCAAUGGGGAUUAGGUAUCUUGCUCAGAUGUAAAAUUACCAAAGGACAGUCCAAACCUUUCCAAAAGACACCGGCAUUCUCUACUCCUCUAACAUAUCGGUGGAUAUUAUAAAGAAAUGCUUUACUUGUGCUCAUAUUCUUGACUUUUUGACCAACGAUCCAUCUUUUUUUUCCCAACCCUCAAGUCUCAGAGGAGGUGACAAAUUGCAGGAAGGUAUCAUAAUUCAAUGUCUGACAGCUCAGCAGGUGGUGAGGGUGAAAAUGUCAACAGGUGCUGGCAUUACAGUCAAUUCAGUUUGCAGUAAAUGUAUUCUGAUAGUACAAAAACAGUUACUGGAGACUGAUGUGUUGCACUCGACAGCAUUCAUUCUUAUACCUGCUGUGUUGUUCUUCUUAAGGUGAAUCCCAGAUAUAAUGCAUUUUGUUUGCCUUGAAAAUGUCUCCAUAUCAUGAUGUUUAGAUCCGAACGUUAAAGUUAAGGAUAGUGGGAUAGAACAGCUGAUAGAACUGAAAGAAACGUCAUUUAUUUGCCAAAAAAAGACACAGUAUUUUCCCAGAAAUAUGAAAAAUAUCCAGCGUGAGGACCUUUAGGAAAGUUCAAGUUGUAUAAUUUUUUUUAUAUAUAUACAGAUCCAGCAAUGUCGGUGUUAGUCUCACUCUUCAUUUUUAUGGAAAUUGUUAUUUAUAAAGGUUCCUGUAAAUACUGUAUAUGAAAAUAUCAGUAUUAUUUUUUUUAUUUUUUUUUAAAAAAAACAAGAUUCUCUUCCACCACCCUUUCAAUUGAUCCAUCAGAAUAACUGCGAAUCCUCUGAAUGUCUACUGUGUCAGACAGUAAACAGAUUAACUGACUGCUCGUGUCAUAGUUUAAGGCUGAAUACGUUUCUCGCCUAAAGAUUGAAACUGUCAUGUCUGUUAAAACGAUACUCUGUCAAUCUUCUCACACAUUUUUCUCAGUUUAAAUGUUCAAUAUUGUACUUUAGUGGCAUUCAUGUGACGUUCAUGUUACCAAUCACAAACAAUAAAAAGGAAAAAAGUAAGGUGCUGCAGACGAUAUCCUCCAGAGAGAUGACACAAACGAAAGGAAACGGACAUUGUUGAUUACUAAUGCAAUACGUUUUUAAUCAGUUAAACUCUCAACAGCAUACUUAAGGUAAGUUUAGUAGAACAGUUUAUCUUAAAAAUUGAAAACAAUAAGGGCUGCAACUGACAAUUCAUCUCAUGAUGGAUCAACAUCUCAAUGUUAUCAUGGCAGAAAGUCGAGGGAAUGUUGGUUAUAAACACUCAUUAUGCUGAUACUGAUUAUUGGAUUACCAAAAUUGUUGCUGAUUCAUUUAGUUGUGCAUAAUCAAUUAAGUGUUGCAGCAAGAGAGUGAAACACUCUCUGAUCCCGGUGUUUUUUCUAAAAAAAAAAAAAAAUUCAACAGAGAAAUUUGUGUGAAAAGCCUUUGUUAAGUUAAAAAAUUGUCACGUCAGAUUAAUGAAAAUAAGUGUUCUCAAUGCUACGUUUCUCACAAUAAGCUAUUGUUCAGCUCAAACCUUCACACCAUAUUUUGUAAGUGUUUUUUUACUGUGUGACCAUGAACAAACCCAAACUCUUUUCACUGUUGUAUUUUCUAUUACGAGAUGCAGCCACUGAACUCCAACGUAGUAAAGCUGCACUAAGCGACUUUUGACCACUAGGGAACAGUCAACUUAGGUCACAUUAACAUAAGUGCUGAUGAAUAACCUGUUGGCAAGCAUUUGCUCCUUUGCAUAUCCGGAGGACACGUCUCUGUCCACAUGAUGAAUGUAAGUCAAAUAUUCAGUCUCAGACUCGGUCUCCGCCAAUUCUCCCCCAGCCGCUUAAGUUGAUUCCAAACCCUCACAAAACUGCAGAGGUGAACGUUACCUUGCCGGGAGGGGUUCAGCUCUGUGUGCGACCGUUUCGCACAACACAACAAUUUGAAUAAUUUAUCUAUCAGAAGUAUGUUAUCUGUUUACCGCUGUGUGUUUGCAGGAACAAAGCCAGACUGUUUGCACAAGAAACUGAAUAAUUGUAUUUUCCUCACUGGCGUUUUAUGGACAAAGGUUCAGGCUGAAAACAGAAAGGAUGUCCUCACAACUACCAUGCAUCUGACUGCAAUAGCAAGAAGCACAGUUUUGUGUUUUUAGCAGAGAAGUAAACUCGCAACUAUUCACACUCACUCCUGUGUGCCAAUGUAUAGUACAUGUAUAUAGCAUUGAGUACAUGAAUAUUUAUUGAAAGUUAAAGGGUCCUGCUUUGUUUUUACAGCAUGUGAGGUGCCAAAUGAUCAAUAAGCUGCAGCUGAUUUAACAUUCUUUUUCUUUUUUUUUACAUCCACUAACCCAUCCAUGUCAUUUUUUAUUUUUUUAAUAUUAACUGGAUCGUAAAAACACAAUAGAUUAGAAAUGACAUUGUUGUUGUUGUUUUUUUUGCAAACAAUUAGAUGUACAUGUACAUGCUCAGUCUUUGAGAUGUUUUACUUUUUGUCAGAAGGCUGUCCUUUGUUGCGACGGCGGUUUCGUAGAACAGAGCUGUAACAUCGCCGUAACGUGUACUGACCAGACAAAUGCUUUUAUUAUAACCAAUAAAACAUAAAUAGUGUAGUACCAGUAAACCAGUAAUGUUGUUUUAAUGCUGUUUGUAGUUGUUUAUUUUCAUUCUCCUCCCAGAGUUCUUUUCUACAUCCUUGACUUGCUGCCUGUAAAACAUUGCUGCUAAUGUUAUAGAGAGCUUGUUAUGAUAAAUAGGAUAGUUAUAGAUGUUACAUUGACAAUCCCUGAGCCUCAGACAGAUAUUACUGCAUAGGAUUUCCCCGUGCCAUGUACUGUAUAAAUGCCCCUGUGCUAUCUGUGCAGUGAACAAAUACCAAUUGUAAUGACUCUCACAGCUCUUUUUCGCUUUUUCUGUGUAUGUGUGUAGAUUGAAGUGUACACUACUGAUACUGUUUGUUGUAAAGGGGAGCACAUAGCAAUAAAAUAUAUGAUUAACUUA